GCUGUGCAUAAAAUUAACAAGCAUUGUAGAAAAGUAAAGAACAAAAAUAUUAAUAAAAAGGUAUCGACGCCGUGAAGAGCACCCGAACCAACGACAUUUAAAUUGAUUUAUAUUUGUGUAAAAAGUGUGUAAAAUAAUAAAUUCAAUACAAUUAUUUAAAGGAAAAUACUUGACAAGGAAAAAUUCUGUAUAAAGCGAAAGGUGGGAAAAACGGCAGCAAAGCGCGUAAAACAAAAAUUUCUUCUAACGAUUCGACAGGAAGCCACAAACACAAUUAAUAAAAAAUAUUAAUUGCGUUUUUAAUUGAACAAGAGUAAAAAGAAAGACAAACGUUGGAAAAUGGAGGAUAAAGCGGAAGAAGUUAUGGCAUUAAGCGAUGAGGGUGAUGCGGGAGAUGCGGGAGACUGUGAUGGUACAGUUUCACCCACCCCUGUAACUGUACCUAAAAAACGCGGUCGUCCCUCUAAUGCAGAGAAACCAAAGAAAGCCCCCCCUAGCGGACGUGGUAGAGGAAGACCCGCUAAAGGAGCUGAUAAAAAGCCGGCUAAAGCAGAUGCUAGCGAUGAAGAGGCCUCUGCUAGCGAUGGCGACAGUACAUUGCCCAAUGGUGAUGCUGAAGAUGUUUCUCCGGGACGUGGACGUCAACCUAAGGACAAACGUAAAUUAACUCAUACGAUUGAAGCCACUGGCAAAGGACGUGGACGGCCAAAGAAAACUAAAGUCGAUGUGGUAGACGAUGAGGUCGAAGGUGCCGAUGAUAAUGAAGAUGGAGCAAACAGCGAUAAUAAACCGGUCAAAAAGGCCACUGAAAAGACCCCAAAAAAAGGACGUGGUCGUCCUAAAAAAGUACAGAACAGUGAUGAUGAGAGUUCUGAUGACAAAAUGGAAGAUGAUGAGGAGAGGCGUACAGUUGGUCGUCCACCAUCCGGUGGUGUCAAUCUUAAUAUUGUUCGCACUGGACGGGGUCAAGGACGUCCUAAAAAGGACGUGGCCGCUAGAAGGGCUGCUGAUGCUGAAAAUGGUGGUGGCGAUACAUCAAAAAAACGUGGACGACCAUCAACAUCUGGUAAGGUAUAUGUACCUACUGGAAAACCACGAGGCCGCCCUAAAUUGGCCGUUCAAGAGGACAAAGAUUCACAAGAAGAUGAAGACGCCGAUGAUGUAGAUGAAAACCCCUCUGAAAAAGCUGAGGAAAAUUCAGCUGACGAUGUUGAGGAAGAAGAUAAAAAUAUGAGUGACACUGAAGAUGGUAUUUAAAUUAACAAAAAUCCCAACAAAUGAUUACCAACAUUCAAAUUACAACUUUAAGAGGAACAAAUUCAACUUAUACAUACAUAUUUGGUGAACCUUAAAUAGGCAUGUUAAAAAAAAUUUUUUGAAUAAUGAUAUUCAAAAUCAUUUAAGCAAAACAACACAAAAGAAAAAAAUACAUUAUUUAUAAAUGAUGCAAAAUUAAGUUUCAGUAAAUAUUACAUAAUAUUUUUGAUGUAUUAUAUAAUUGCAAUUAUUUUAUAUUAUAUAAUUUAUUUAAAAGUUUUUUUUCUUCGAUUUUGCCGACUUUCAAAAAAAUUCAUUACAUUUCAUAAGUAACGUAGUGCUAUAUUCCAUUUUAUUAUACUUAUUACAUUUUUUUUUUUUUAAUUCAAAAAGUAUAAUAAAUAUGUAUGUUUAAUUUAAAUUAUCGGACACUUAUUUUUCUUUGUGUCGUCUUUAAUUUAAAUAUUUACCAUGUUAUGAACAUUAUAAUAAAUUAUUUUACAAAAGAAAACCUAAAUAUUUAACAUAGAAUUAAAAAAAAGAAGAAAAUUAAUCAUCAAAUUCCCACUUCCCUUUACAUGUAGUUUGUAUAACUUUUAUUUAAAUAUUAAUCGUAAAGUAUUUUUCAACACAAGUAUAGAAAUAAAUAAAAUCCAGUCUUUAAACAAAGUAAA